GCUGCGCACGCAAUAUUUUCCAAUGGCGACUUUAAGGGUAGGUGAUUUGGUUCUACCAAGCUUUCCACCCUAUGUGAAAGACGCCCGCAAACACAUUAGUGACAUCGAGAACUUUCCUACAAGAAAAGAUGACAUUUUAUUAUUUAAUUACCCAAAAUCAGGGAACCAUUGGUUAAACGAGAUCAUACCCCGACUUCUACACAACAAACUGGAUUCAGACCACAUGCUGGAUAAGAGCUUACUGGACUAUGUGGAAGAUCUAGAAAGCAUGGACUCGAUUCCCUCCCCAAGAGUUAUGACGUCACACCUUCCUCCUCGACAUCUUCCAAAGGAUCACAUAAAAAAUGGUGGGAAAAUUAUCCAUAUUAUUAGGAACCCCAAGGACGUGGCACUUGCGGCUUUCCACCACUAUAAACAGGAUCCUUUCGCGGCUGAGGUCCUUGGCGUCUCCAAAGAUCUAUCUGCAUUCCUGGACUUGUUUCUGAAAGGAGAGACUCUCUAUGGCAGCUGGUUUGAUCGAGAAAGAGAGUGGGAAGAAGCAGCAAAGAAAAAUCCAGAUAACUUGCUUGUUAUAUACUAUGAGGACCUGAAACAGAAUGGAAUGGAGAGCAUGAAGAAAUUAGCCACUUUCUUGGGUACAAGUAUAGACACCGACUUUCUACAAUCUGUUUACGAUACAUGCACUAUCGAAGAGGUUAAAAAGAGAAAAACUACUCCCUUUGACAAUAUUUUCCACAGAAAAGGUGUUGUGGGUGACUGGAGAUCAAACUUCACAGAAAGUGACAACGAGAAAUUUGAUCAGGUUUACAAGGAGAAAAUGAAAGAUUCAAACCUUAAAAUACGAUUUGUUUAAUAUUGAUAAACUAUACACAAUCAUUUAUACCAGAUGGUGACUAUAAUUUUUAUUGUGACUGUAAGAUAAUCGUCUGUUACAGUUUUUUAGUUUGGAUCCCCUAACUCACCAAAGGGACGUUCUAUUGGCGACCGUUUUCAUUAUUUGUUGUACGUAUCACCAUUUUGUAUAUAACAACUCGGAUUAUCUUGAUCAAACGAAUGUAGGAUGUGCAAGAGGAAUAAAGCAAAUGAAUCAAUUAAUGUAAAGAACGUACAAAUGAAUGCAACAUAUAUGAAUAUUCAUUAUUACUUGACACGUAAUUCACAAACCACUAUUAUAUACCUGACCAUGAUAAAAUCCCUAUUUUGUCUGAAACAACUCUGAUUAUCUUGAUAAAACGAAUGUAGCAUGUGUAGGUGGAAUAAAACAAAAAGAACAAAUAAGUGUGAAGUACGUAAAAAUAAAGGCAAUUUUUAAGAAAAUUCAUUAUUACUUGAUAUAUUAUACACAAACGACUUGUAUACACCUGGCCAUGAUAAGCAGUACUGCAUUUACUAUGAUUCUGAAAAUUACUAAUGAAGAGAAACGGAUUCUGUUGUUAAGAUGGGAUCAUGAGUUGCUAGUAAAUUCUUUCAUUUGUGACCGUAAAGCCAUUUGGGCCCUUUUUUUCUGUUUGAUUGCCUCUACAGUGAUGUUUAACUUUGUUGUUGUUUUUUUAUUUCUUUAAUGUAUAAAGCUGUUGUAGAAUUAUUAUUGAUUACUUGAUAAACGAUUUUUGUCAACUAUUACUCCGAAACAAUUUGAGGAAUUGUGAUAAUGUGAUAAUUGUAAAAGUUUGCUUGAAGUGAGAAUAUAGAAAGCUGCGAGAACUUGUGUUCAAAUACAUUCUAUCUUACAUGAUAAAAUGUGUCAAACAUGUGGCAACAUAUGUAUCAUAUGUGGUUGACCUAAAAUUAUUCACUUCUUUAAAAUAAGGAUAGACGAUGAGGCAUUUACCUUAAAGAUAUAAGAAAUACAAAUUGUAACAUUUUAGGAAGUCUUAACGGAUCUUCUCUAAUUCCACAGUAGUUGGAGAUGAACUGAAGGCAUAGUAAAAAUGUUCAUGAAGCCCUCUUUACCAAAUUGAGAAAUUGAUAGCUCCUUGUCAGUGGUUCAGACCAUUUGGCGCGGCCAAUAUGGUCAUAUACUGAAGAUGAAAUUAAUCUUAGAAAAUAUUCUAAUUAUAAUAACUCCAAAACAUAAUACUGCAAGACAGAUUCAUCUGCAGACUGUCGGCCUUUUGUUGAUUUAGAAAUCUUGUCAUAUACUGUAUAUACCGAACAGGACUCGUUUUACAUAAGAGCUCAGGGCGAAAUCGUAAAAAUUUACAGCCUCAUGGAAUUAUUUUUUAUUAAAUAAAAAUCAUGUAAAAUCUUUUCUUAUAAAAAAUCAUAUGAAACCAUUUUUAUUUAUCUUGCAAUUAAAAUAAUUUUUAAAUCUUUAGUUCUUAAAGCUUAAUCGCUCAAUUAAAUGGAAAUACUGAUCAGAAGACCUAAAUAAUCAAGUUUGAUGAAAUACACAAAGUUGCAAAUGCUCGUUAGUUUGGAUUUAACUCAAUGUUGGAACAUUUGUAGAUGUUUUAUAAAACAAACACUAGCCUAUUGAAUCGAAGUUGAAAUCAUUAAUAAGGAUCGUCAGGAUGAGCUCCUUGAUAGCUAACGUGAUUUUCAGUUUUAUAAACUAGACAGGUAUAUGUUUUCCUUUAUUUUGUUAUUUAAAUCUGUAAGUUUAUUUUAAAAAAAUUCAUGUCAGCUCAAAUUUUCAGGUCAACUGAUAUAUGUUCAUGAAUUUGUUUCAUAUUCCUGCAUAACAAUUGAUAGUGAUGAUAUGUCAUAGUUUUUUUUUCAACUUAUUGCACGACGGAGUAUGAUAAAAGCCAGACAAUAUCAUCUAAUUUGACUCAGAACAAUGUAUCUUUUGCAUACAAAUUUCAGGUCAUCUAAAAUUUUCAGGUCAAUUCCAAUUUUAAAGUCUUUCGCACUUCUGCGUAAAUAACCGAAACUGACGCUAUUUAAUGAUAGAUUUCAACACGUAUAUACCUAGAUAUAUGAUUAAAAACUCACCAAUAGACAUUAAAAUUGAUGCAUAACAUAAAAUUUAUUUAUUAACGUUAACUAAAUGUAUAAAAUUUCAGGUCAGUUCGAAUUUUCAGGUCAAUUCAAAUUUUCAGGUCUUUUGCAUUCCUGCUUAGAUAACUGAUCAGUAUGAUAUAUUUUAAAACAUAUAUACCUGGUAAUAUAAUAAAAACUCACAAAUAGACAUUAAUAUUGACGCCUAACAUAGAAAUGUAUCAAUUAUAUAAAAUUUCAGGUCAGUUCAAAUUUUCAGGUCUAUUCAAAUUUUCAUGUCU